CUCUGAGCGCGCGCGCACGGCGCGAGUGGAGCGAGAGCGCGCAGAGAAGGACGUUGAGCGCGUUUCACUGAAAGAGGCUCGAGCGCAAAUCCUUCUCACAGGAUAAUUUUUACCGAUUAAAAAAUAUUCUCUAACUUCAAAUGACUAUUUCUCAUGAAACAAGUCUGUAAUUAUGUAUCGCGGUUAUAACUAAACGAAAUCAUCGGGGAAAACUGGAAUAUGCCUCCACCUGACAUCCAAAGGUAACAUCUCCUCAGAGAACGAAUUUGUGUUUUUCGCGAGAAACUGAAACAAAUGCGCGGUUUUAAGUUAUAUUAAACAAUAAUCCAGAUGAGACACUGAUACUGAGCUUGUUCCGCGGAACUCAGUGUUUUGUAAAGAUAAUUGUGCGUCAGGUUGGGAUGAUGAGCGUCUGAAGCGCACGCGACUCCCGCCGCUCCGCUCCGUCCGUUAAUGUUCAUGGAGUUUAUAAGCGGGAGCCGCUAGAAUGGAAACCGUGAUUGAUGAAACCGAGGCCCUACAGAGAUUCUUCGAAGGUCAUGAUAUUAACAGCUCUUUGGAGCCAACAAACUUUGACACAAGUAUCCUGGAGGAAUACAUCAGCAAAGAGGACGACAGCACUGACAUUUGUUUCACAGAGGUCCACAGCACCCCGGGACCCCAGUAUCCCUCGCCCCAGGCCGGGGCAUCCUCUUCGGUGGGGGUAGGGUGUGGCGUGAGCCCCCCCAUCCCCCUGCGCCAGGGCACCGUCCCGUCUCUGCCCCAGCCCUGCCAGAACCCCUACCCGCCUCCACAACCGCUGGGCCACCUCAGACACAACUACUCCUGCCUGGGGCAACAGCAGAGCCAAACACCCCAACACCAACAGCCACACAUCAAACCAGACCACUGCGGACAGUACGCAGCGGGAACUCUACCCGAGUCCCCUCCUGACUCCAGUUCAGAGCCAUAUUCACCCCAGCAAGCCAACGAUCCGCACAUGCUCAGGACAAUGACGCCCGAGAACAUGUGUCACAUGACCAGUCCUCCGCCUCUCCCCACACACCCCCACUAUCCCAGCAUGCACCGGGACAUGUACCUUAAGCCAGAGCCCAUGAUUUCGCAGUAUCCAAUUGGUCCAGGCAGUGGCGGGGGCGGAGACAUGCAACAGAGUCAGAUGCUACAUCAACUCCUGCAACAUCCACAAGGACCUGAUGGGAUUCCUGUACAUCCAGCAAAGAAGAGAAAACAUUCAGACUCUCCCAACAGCACUCUCAACUCUCAGAUCCUCACAGGCAUCAUCAAACAAGAGCCAGGUUUAAUGCAGGAUGCAGAAAACUCAUACCUGGAUCCAAACUACCAGUGCAUAAAGUGGCAGCCGCACCAGCAGAACAAAUGGACUACAUUAUACGACUCCAGUGGAAAAGAACUUCCGAUGCCUACAUAUAGGGUGGAUGCGGAUAAGGGUUUUAACUUCUCCUUGGCUGAUGAUGCAUUUGUGUGUCAGAAGAAGAACCACUUCCAAGUGACCGUGUACAUCGGGAUGCCAGGAGAUCCCAAAUAUGUCAAGACCAGUGAGGGGCUGCAGCCCAUUGAAUGCUUUUACCUGAAACUCAAUGGGGUCAAGUUGGAAGCGAUGAAUCAGUCCAUUAAUGUGGAACAGUCACAGUCUGACCGGAGUAAAAGACCCUUUAAACCAGUAUUAGUGACAUUGCCACCAGAGCAGGUGACCAAAGUAACGGUGGGUCGUCUCCACUUCAGCGAGACCACAGCCAAUAACAUGAGAAAGAAAGGCAAACCGAACCCCGACCAGAGGUACUUCAUGCUGGUAGUAGCUCUUCAGGCUCAGUGUCACAGUCAGAGCUUCACGGUGGCGGCUCAGGUCUCCGAGAGGAUCAUCGUCAGGGUAACCGCUGCGUCUAACCCGGGUCAAUUUGAGAGUGACAGUGAAGUGUUGUGGCAGAGAGGGCAGAUGCCGGACUCUGUGUACCAUCACGGCCGGAUCGGCAUCAAUACGGACCGGCCGGAUGAGGCUCUGGUUGUACACGGCAAUGUGAAAGUCAUGGGUUCCCUUGUGCAUCCUUCUGAUAUUAGAGCCAAGGAGAAUGUGAAGGAGGUGGACACCACUGAUAACCUGAGGCGGAUUUCCCAAAUGAGGCUGGUGCAUUAUCAGUAUAAGCCUGAGUUUGCAGCCACAGUGGGCAUUGAUGCCACUUCUGAGACCGGGGUGAUCGCUCAGGAGGUCCAGCAGAUUCUGCCGGAGGCUGUGAAGGAGGGAGGAGAUGUGGUGUGUGCUAAUGGAGAGACCAUCCCUAAUCUACUGGUGGUCAAUAAAGAGCGCAUCUUUAUGGAGAACGUGGGAGCGGUGAAGGAACUCUGCAAACUCACUGAUAAUCUGGAGACUCGCAUUGACGAGCUUGAACGCUGGAACCGAAAACUCGCCAAACUGCGCCGGCUAGACAGCAUGAAGAGCUCUGUCAGCGGAGGCACAGUCAGUCAAUCGGGAAGCUACUUUAGCAGAACAGGAAGUGGCCCACUCAAGAAAAAAACUGCAAAGCCAGGAAGCAAGCGGUCCAUCCCGGAGCAGGGCUGCCUGAGUCACAGAUUCAUGCAGGGCACCAUACUGGCACUGGUCAUCAUUAUGGCCUUCAGUGUCAUCUCCAUGUCCAUCCUCUAUGUGCUCAAUCUUCAACACCAUGGAAGCAUAAGUGAUGUUGAGGGUGUCGUUUGUAGUUCUGCAACCCGCUGCCUUCUCUUCGUCUCUUGGACGCCCUUCCUAACUGCAACCGUCACAUUCUGUCCAUCCUUCUGUCUGUGCAGGUCUCGUUCUGCUUUGGGUUCGGCUCGUCAGGCUUCUUUCUCCCCUGCCAGAGUGACCACAUCCACUCUCUCCCCAGACUCCACCUCCCCAUUAUUGUCCAAUCACCCGCCCUGCUGCCCUCCAACACCUGCCACAACCAACCAAUCAGCCACUGUCAGUCUGUUGCCAGGCAACAACCAAUCCACUCCAGACUCUAGCACUGAUGUUCCCACCCAGGCCACUGUUAACAAGAAGGCAAAGUCUCGUCUGCUGGACAAAGACAGCCGGAACAAGAACCGUCUGAGUCACACAUCAGCUCCUCUGUUCGUCAGUAAAGGAAAACGGCCGCCUCAGCCUCCAGAGCUGAGCGGAGCAACCAAACGCUUGCCUGGUGGACAACAGCCACCGUCCCGGAGGCAGCGCAGUAUCAACACACAGGAUGGAAAUCUACCAGCGUGUCUGAGCAAACUUCACAUCCUCGAGAUGGAUCAGGAGAUCAGAACUCUCGAUUGUUCCUCAUCCGAGACCUGCAGCUUUACUGUGUUUCUAAACCGAGACAGAAACUCAUCUAUGACUUACAUUACUCUGCACAUGAUUCCUCUGAGGAGGUGUGGGUGCGGCAGUGUGGAGCCACCAGGGGGCGACUCUGUCCAAAUCACCCAGAAGCUUCUUUCUCACUAGAGCGGAGCACUUAUACAGCGGGGACCAGCCACCUGUGGUCACUUCCUGUUAUGCCUUUUCAAGAGGUCACCUACCAUUUCCGAGUGUCACAUUCAAGUCAAGCGGGAUGUAGCAGUGAAGACGACAUUGAGUCCUCACGGUGCUCUGAGUACAGUUUCCUCAUUCAAACCACAUGCUAAGCAGUGUCGAGAUUCAUGCUAUUCAGCUUCGACUUCUCAUGUGUACACUUGUAUCGCCACCUCUGAUUCAAAGACUGUUUCAUCUGGGCGAACUGAUGAAGACGUCUUAACUGUGUUUGUUCUGCGCGUAUAUGUUCAAAGCAAAAGGAAAAUUAGCAUUGUUCAAAAAAAACAACAACAAAAAAUCGAGAUCACUUCGCCUUAACCUUGAUUUUAUAUUACUGCUUAUAUACACUCUUGCACACAUACACACACAUACAUUUACUUAUUAAAAUGUCUUUUGAUUUGCCAAGAUAUAAUAUAAAAAGGUACCAUUCUUAAAACUCAUCUGCUUGAAUCUACAUUCAAAAAAAAAAAAAUUUUGUGCAUGAUUCAUCAGUGCAGAUUAUUCCACAGAAAUCAGUGCACAUUAUUUGCAUUUCUUUUAAAUGUCAUUAAACUGGAUUUGUUAACAUGACAUCAGUUUAAUAAAUUUUAAAACAAUAUUUUACC